AUGCAGUCCAGAUUCCACACCGAGAAAGACUUCAACCAUUGGAUUCAGGGCAGGGUGCGUCAAGGAGGAACGCCUGGUGGCCAUUUUAUUACGAUGACAGACUACUUAGAUGCAGAUCCUAAUGUCACCCAGCACAUCGUGCGCUAUGAGAACCUGAAUGCAGAUCUGCGCUUUGUGCUUGGUCUGUACAAUAUUACCUUCAAAAGACUGCGGCAUGAUAAUGGCGGAGGAAAGCGGAUGUUCAGAAAAGGUAACGUCAGCAACGAGACGCUUGCAUACAUCCGUGCCUACUAUGCAGCGGACUUCGUCAACUUCGGCUACCCGUUGCCCUGA